GAGUGUCUGAAUCUGCCCACCCCUGCCGUCGACCUUGAGGGCGUGGCGUGUGUCGACCAACCAGAGCCCCGUGGACCUGUGACAUCAUCAUGAUCCCCACCGUGACCCGUAUCCUCCCCUCCAGGGUGUCAUCACCUCUCCUCCUGGUCACCAUGUUGAUGAUGGCGGCCGCCGGCCCUGUCUCGGGGUCGGACGCGGAGACGUGUUUCUCCAGACAGCAUCAGAACGCCACAGUGAAUGUCCGUCAGGCGCUGGCUCGACCAACCACCGUCAUGGACUCCAGAGUCGCCCAAUCAGAGAGAGACUGUGUUCUGGCCUGCUGCUCAGAGGACGUCAAGCCAGGUAGGGAAGAGACAACACACACUAACACACAAUAACACACAAUAACACACAAUAACACGCAAUAACACGCUAUUAACACGCUAUUAACACACAAUACACACACUAACACCCACUACACCCACUAACAAACACUACACACAAUUAACACACACUAACACACACUAACCACACCUAACACACAAUAACACACACUAUCACACACUAACACACAAUAACACACACUAACACACAAUAACAUGUAAUAACACACACUAACACACACUAACACACAAUAACAACACUAAACACACCUAAACAAAAACGACACACCUAACCCACACUACACACAAUACCACACACGACACAAAAAAAACACAUAACAAGUAAUAACACACACUAACACACACUAACACACACUAACACACAACUAACACCACUAACAAACAAUAACACACCUACAUGUAUAACACCACACACACACUAACCACACUAACACACACUAACACACCAUAACACACAUACAUGUAUAACAACACACUAACCACACUAACAACACAUCACACACAAUAACACACACUAACAACAACAAUAACCGUAAAACACCACAACACACAUAACACAACCUAACACACACAACACACAUACACACACUAACACACAAUAACAACACACGACCCCCAAUAACAUGUAAUAACACACACUAACACACAAUAAACACACACUAAACACUAACACACACUAACACGCAAUAACAGCAAUAACACACACCGACACGCACUAACACGCAAUAACCGCAAUAACACGCAAACCACACCUAACACACACUAACACACACUAACCCACUAACACACACUAACACGCAAUAACACGCAUAACACACACUACACCACUAACACGCAAUAACACACACUAACACACCUAACCAACGCAAUAACACGCCAAUAACACAACAAUAAUACACAUAACCACACUAACACACUACCACACAUAACAUCAUAAUACACCAAACACACACUACACCAAUAACACACACUAACACACCUACACACACUAACCACACUAACACACACUAACCCCACAAUAACACACACAAACACCAUAACACACAUAAACAUGUAAUAACAACCCUAAACACACACAACACACAUAACACACAAUAACACACACUAGACCACAAUAACCAAAUAAUACACAAUAACACACACUAACACACACUAACCCACACUUAACACACACUACACCAUAAUACACAUAAGACCAAUACACACCCUCAACACACAUAACACAACCUCAUACACAAACAGCACACACUAACCACAUAAAAACACACACAACACACAAUAACACACACUACACACAAUAACACAACACGAACACACCCUAACACACACUAACCCACACUAACAAACACUAAACCACACUAACACACAUCACCACACUAACACCCACACACACACUACCCACAAACACUAACAGGUACUAACACACACUACACACACUAACACAGCACUAACACAUCAAUAAUACACAAUAACCCCACUAACACCCACUAACACACAUAACACACACUAACACCAUAACCACACUACACACACUAACCCCAUAACACUCACUAACACGCAAUAACAACGCAAUACCCACGCCAGAACAUUUAAUAAACACCAAUACAUAUACAGAAAUCACAUAACACACAAUACACGCUAGUAACACGGCUAUUAACACGCUAUUAACACACAAUAACAAACACACACCAACUACACCAGUAACCAAAAAAAAAAAAUAAAAUCACACACAUAAACACCCCAUUAACACAAUACACACAAUAACACACAACACAAUACACAAAGACCACCGGAUAACACAACACAAACAACAAAAUAAAUGCAAUACCCCGCAAUAACACCCACACACACCACAAUAACCACAAUAACACCCACACACAUAACAACACAAUAACACACAAUAACACCCAAUAACCCCAAACACCACUAACCUACACUAACCCAACCUAACACUAUAAACCACGCAAUAACACGCAAACACACCUAACACACACUAACACACAAUAACACACACUAACACCAAUAACAAACCAACACACACUAACCCCCAAUAACACACAAGAACAGGUAAAUAACCACACUACACACCUAACACACCCUAACACACAAUAAUCACAAUAACACACACUAACAACAAUAACCACACUAACCACACACUAACACCCAAUACACGCAAUCCACGCAAUACACGCAAUAACAUGUAAUAAAACACAAAUACAUAUACAGUAACAUACACAAUAACACACAAUAACACGCUAUUAACACGCUAUUAACACGCUAUUAACACACAAUAACAAACACACACGCAAUAACACACAGUAACCUAAAAUAACACACCAUAACACGCAUUAACACAAUAACACACAAUAACACACACACAAUAACACACAAUAACACAAAAUAACACAGGAUAACACAAACACACAAAAUAACCUGCAAUACCACGCAAUAACACACACACACACACAAUAACACACAAUAACACACACACACACAAUAACACACAAUAACACACAAUAACACACCAUAACAACACGCAAUAACACGCAAUAACACGCAAUAACAUGUAAUAAAACACAAAUACAUAUACAGUAACAUACACAAUAACACACAAUAACACGCUAUUAACACGCUAUUAACACGCUAUUAACACACAAUAACAAACACACACGCAAUAACACACAGUAACCUAAAAUAACACACCAUAACAUGCAUAACACAUACCACCAAUAACCCCCACCACCAAUAACACAAAAUACACAGAUAUCAACACAACACAAAAAAUAACAUCAAUACCAACCAUAACACACACACCCACCCCAUAACCCACAAUAACACAACCACCCACCACUAACACACAAUAAUCACACACACCAUAACCGUACAGCAGCACAUAACACACAAUACACGAAAAAAAACCAUUUAACCAGCAAUACACCAAUAACCACAAUAACACACAAUAACACACAACAACACUUACCACCCAUUACCACCCAAUAACACCCAUUACCACCCAUUACCACCCAUUACCCCCCAUUACCACCCAUUACCACCCAAUACCACCCAUUACCCACCCAUACACCCAUUACCACCCAAUACCACCCAUUACCACCCAUUACCACCCAUUACCACCCAUUACCGCCCAUUACCACCCAAUAACACCCAUUACCACCCAUUACCACCCAUUACCACCCAUUACCACCCAUUACCACCCAUUACCACCAUUGCCGCCCAUUACCGCCCAUUACCACCCAUUACCACCCAAUACCACCCAUUACCACCCAGUCCAGUUAGAGGAGAGACAACGCGGUGGAUCUUUCCAACUGAAGGAUGGUCAGUCGUAAUCCUUCUCCCUGAGCCGAGCCUCCGUGUCCGGCUGUGCUCUCCUCCCCUCAGGUAUAAAGUGCACCCUGGCUGUGUUCAACCCUCACAAGCCCUCUGAGCCUCCCAACAACCACAACUGCCAACUGUUCCACUGCCAGAAUGAGCAGGACUGCCCCCUCCUGGCUGCUGAACAGGGCGUCAACACUUAUGACAUCUUCAAAGGUAAACACAUCUCCCUUCCACUAGAAAGGCUGGGCCUGCUCAACACUAGUGGACUAGAUAGAUAACAAUGGUUCUCAACCAGUGGACUAGAUAGAGAACAAGUGCUCACCACUAGUGUACUAUAUAGCCGGGUGCUCAACCUAGUGUACUAGAUAGAGACAGGUGCCCAACCUAGUUCUACUAUAAUAGAGGAACCGGUGCUCAACACUAGUGGACUAGAUAGAGAACAGGGUGCUCACCACUAGUGUCUAGAUAGAGAACAGUGUCCCAACACUUAGUUGGACUAGAUAGAGAACAGGGUGCUCACCCACUCUAUUCGUACUUCAGAUAGAUGAAACAGUGUUCCUCAAACACUAUUGUACCUAUACGAUCCGAACAGUGGUGCUCAACACUAGUGUAAACUAGACUAAGAACAGGGUGCUCAACACUAGUGUACUCGGUAGAGGAACAUGCGCUCCAGCCAACCCUAUUGUACUAGAUUAGAACAGGUCGCUCAACCCACUAGUGGACUAGGUAAGAACGGUGUCUUUCCAUCCACUAGUGUAACUAGAUAGAGAACAGGGUGCAUGCAACACUAGUGGUACUAGAUAAGAACAGGCGUACCUCGAACCCUAUGUUACUAGAGAGAGAACAGGGGUGCUCAACACAGUGUACUAGAUGAGAACAUGGGCUCAACAACUAGUGACUAGAUAGAGAAAAUCAUGGUGCUAAACACUAGUGGUCCUAGAUAGAGAACAGGUGCUCAACACACUAUGUACUAUAUAGCUCGGCCUCUCGUCAGGUUCUCUGUCCUACACUAGUGUCACGAGUAGAGAAAGGGCGCUCAAUCAGCGCCUGUUGAGUGUGUCACAAGAUGAGACCGGGCGCUCAACACUAGGCUGUACAGAGAGAGCAACAGGGCGCUCAACAGACUAAUUGUAGCUGACACUGUGGACCAAGGGGUGGAUGAACGGCCCCCCCGGACCGGGCGGGGGCGCCAUCGCUAGGUCACACUAGUGACUAGAUAGAGAACAGGCCGCUUCAACACAGUUUACUAGAUAGAGAAACAGGGCGCUCAUCACUAGUCGUCACUAGAUAGAGACCAUGGCGCCACACUAGUGUACUAAUAGCAGAACAGGGCGCUCAACAAACUAACGUGUACUAGAUAGAUACAGGCGCGCUCAACACUAGUGUACUAAAGAGACAGGGCGCUCAACACUAGUGUACUAUAGAGACACAGUGCGCUCAACACUAGUGUACGAAUAGAGACAGGGUGCUCAACACUAGUGUACUAGAUAGAGAACAGGGCGCUCAACACUAGUUGUUCCUAGAUAAGAACAGGGCGCUCAACACUAUUGUACUAAGGUAUAAGAACAGGGCGCUCUCAACAACUAGUGGUACUAGAAUAGAUGAACAGGUGCUCAACACUAGUGUACGAAUAGAGAACAGGGCGCCUCAACACUAGUGUACUAGAUAGAGAACAGGGUGCUCAACACUAGUGUCUAGAGAUAGCUAGACAGGUGCCUCAACACUAGUGUACUAGAUAGAGAACAGGGUGCUCACACUAGUGUACAGAUAGAGACAGGGUGCUCACACUAGUGUACUAGAUAGAGAACAGGGUGCUCCACUAGUGUAACUAGAUAGAGAACAGGGUGCUCAACACUAGUGUGCAUACGGAACACGGGUUCUCACACCUAGUGUACUAGAUGCAGACGUGGCCGCUCAACACUAGUGUUUACUAGUAAGAACCGGCGCGCUCACCUAGUGUACUAGGUAGAGAACUGCGCUCAAACACUAGUGUUACUAGAUAUAUAGAACCGGGUGCUCAACCCUAGUGUACUAGAUAAGAAACAGGGUGCUCAACACUCUGGACUAGAUAGAGAACAGGGUGCUCAACAUAGUUGUACUAGAUAGAGAACAUGGUUCUCAACACUAUUGUACUAGAAUAGAGAACCGGGUGCUCACACUAUGUACUAGAAUAGAGAACAGGGCGCUCAACACUAGUGGUACUCGAUAGAGAACAGGCGCUCAACACGAGUGUCCUAGAUAGGAACAGGGCGCUUAACACGCUAGGGACUAGAAGAGAACAGUGCGUCACCUAGUGUAAUUAGAUGAGAACAGGGCUCUCACAUCUUGACUCGUAUAUAGAAACAGGGCCGCUCAACACUAGUCUAUAUAGAGAACAGGGCGCUCACCACUAGUGUACUCAGAUAGAGACCAGGGUGCUCACCCCUAGUUACUAGAUAGAGAACAGGGCUCUCACACUAGUGUACCUGAUGAGAACAGGGCGCUCAACACUAGUGUACUAGAUAUAGAAAGGGCGCUCAACACUAGUGUACUAUAUAGAGAACGGUCUCACCACUAGUGUACUAGAUAGAGAACAGGGCGCUCUACCCUAGUGUACUAGAUAGAGGAACAUAGGGCGCUCAACACUAGUGUACUAGGUAGAGAACAGGGCGCUCAACCCUAGUGUACUAGAUAGAGAACAGGGGCCAACACUAGUGUACAGAUAUAGAAAGGGCGCUCACACUAGUGUACUAGAUAGAAACAUGGCUUGCUCACACUAUUGUACUAGAUAGAGAACAGGGUGCUCAACACUAUGUUAUACUAGAUGAGAACAGGGUGCCAACACUAGUGUAUACUAGAUAUAUAACAGGGUGCUUCACACUAGUGUACUAAUAGAUAACAGGGUGCUCAACACUAGUGUACUAGAAUAUAGAACGGGUGCUCAACACUAGUGUACUUAGAUAGAGAAACAUGGUGCUCAACACUAGUGUACUAGAUAGAGAACAGGGCGCUAACACUAGUGACUAGAUGAGAACAGGUGCCCAAACUAUGUAAGAUAGAGAACAGGGCGCUCAACACUAGUGAACAGGAAGAGCAGGCUCACUGUGCAAAAGGGAACGGGCUCUCAACAUAGUGUAUAGAUAGAGAACAGGGUGCUCAACAUAGUUCUUAGAGAGAAAGGGCAACAUAGUGAUAGAAAACAGGGUACUAGUAAAAGAACAGGUGAAAAAGGAUGAAAACAGGUGGUCAACUAAGUAACUGUGAUCAACAGGCGCUAACUAGUGUACAGAUAGGCAACAGGGUGCUCAAAAAGUAGGAACAGGGUUAAACAUAGUGUACUAGAUAGAGAACAGUUAAAAAUAGUGGGCUAAAAGAAAGGGGCUCAAAAGAAUAAGAUAGAGACAGGGCUCAACAAGGACAUAGGCUAACAGGGUCUAACAAUGUAUAGUGGAAAGGGCUCAACAUAGUGAAUAGUAAGAACAGGACGAAAAAAAGUGUACAGAAAAAGGCUGAUAGAACGGGUGCUCAACACUAGUGAUUAUAAGAUAGAGAACAGGGCGCUCAAACAUAGUGUCUACAUAGGAUAGGAACAGGGUGUACUAAUAGGAAGAAGGCGCUCAACACUAGUGUACUAGGGAACAAACAGGGCGUAACACUAUGUAUAGUAGAGAACAGGGGCCUCAAAACUAGUGUACUAAAGAAACAGGGCGCUCAACACUAGUGACUACUAAGAACGCUCAACAGUAUGUCAGUAGGAACAGGGGCUAAAACUGGACUAGGUAAGAAGGUAAACGGGGCCAACUAGUGAGAAAGACAGGCGCCAUAAGUACUAGAUAGAGAACAGGGGGUCACAUAGUGUAUAGAUAGAGAACAGGGGCGCUCAACACUAGGACUGAUAGAGAACGGGCGCUCAACACUGGUACUAGAUAGAGAAAAGGGGCCAACACUAGUGGACUAGAUAGGAACAGGGCUCAACACUAGUGUACUAGAUAGAGAAAGGGUGCUCAACACUAGUGGACUAGAUAGAGAACGGGUGUCAACCCCUAGUGAUAGAUAGGAACAGGGUGCUAAACAUAGUGUACUAGAUAAGAGAACAGGGCGUCUCAACACUAGUGUACUAGAUAGAGAACAGGGCGCUCAACACUAGUGUACUAGGUAGAGAACAGGGCGCUCAACACUAGUGUACUAGAUAGAGAACAGGGUGCUCAACACUAGUGUACUAGAUAGAGAACAGGGCGCUCAACACUAGUGUACUAGAUAGAGAACAGGGGUGCUCAACACUAGGUACUAGAUAGAGAACAGGGGCUCAACAUAGUGUACUAGAUAGAGAACAGGGCAGCCAACCUAGUGUAUAGAUGAGAGACAGGGUCAACACUAGGUACUAGAUAGAGAACAGGGGCUCAAACAUAGUGUAUAUAAGAGAACAGGGUGCUCAAACACUAGUGUACUAGAUAGAGAACGGGCGCUCAACACUAGUGUAUAGAUAGAGAACAGGGUCUCAACACUAGUUAUAGUAGAGAGACAGGGUGCUCACACCUAGUGUACUAGAUAAGAACGGGGCUCAAACUAUGUCUGAUAGAGAACAGGGCGCUCAACACUAGUGUACUAGAUAGAGAACGGGGCUCACACUAGUGUACUAGAUAGAACAGGGCGCUAACAUAGUGUACUAGAUAGAGAACAGGGUGCUCAACACUAGGUACUAGAUUAGAAAGGAGCGCACAACCUAGUGGACUAGAUAGAGAACAGGGUGCUCAACACUAGUGUACUAGAUAGAGAACAGGGUGCUCAACACUAGUGUACUAGAUAGAGAACAGGGCGCUCAACACUAGUGUACUAGAUAGAGAACAGGGUGCUCAACACUAGUGUACUAGAUAGAGAACAGGGCGCUCAACACUAGUGUACUAGAUAGAGAACAGGGCUCAACACUAGUGUACUAGAUAGAGAACAGGGUGCCAACACUAGUGUACAGAUAGAGAACAGGGUGCUCAACACUAGUGUACUAGAUAGAGAACAGGGCGCUCAACACUAGUGUACUAGAUAGAGAACAGGGCGCUCAACACUAGUGUACUAGAUAGAGAACAGGGCGCUCAACACUAGUGUACUAGAUAGAGAACAGGGUGCUCAACACUAGUGUACUAGAUAGAGAACAGGGUGCUCAACACUAGUGUACUAGAUAGAGAACAGGGCGCUCAACACUAGUGUACUAGAUAGAGAACAGGGCGCUCAACACUAGUGGACUAGAUAGAAAGUGCUCACCUAGUGUACUAGAUGAGAUAAGGGUGCUCAACACUAGUGUACUAGAUAGAGAACAGGUGUCAACACUAGUGUUAAAUGAUACAGACGGGAUACCUGACUAGUCCAAACACGGCGCUAACCCUAUGUACUAGAUAGAGAACAGGUGCAACACUAGUUACUAGAUAGCAACACAGGGACCAACACUAGUACUAGAUAGAGAACAGGCGCUCAACCUAGUGUACUAAUAAGAACAGGGUGCUCAACACUAGUGUACUAGAUAGAAACAGGGGCUCAACACUGACUAGCACAGAACCAGGCUCAACUAUGUACUAAUAGGAACAGGGUCCACUAGGUCAGACAACAUCUCAACCUAUUACUAGAUAAGCCAGUGCUCAACCUAUGUACUGUAAGAACAGGGGGUCCGUGUCGCACCUUAGUCUUUGUGCUCUUGUCUUGUUGUUGUUGUUGUUGUUGUUGUGUUGUGUUUUACAGAGUCCUUCAUCUCUGCGUGAGUCAUGUUCUGAUGUCAUGUUUUCCAAGGUCUGAUUCAUCCCACCACGGAGAUACCUACUCCACCUUCCACAACCCGACCAGCUACUCCUACUACUACUACUGCUACUGCUACUGCUACUACUACUACUGCUACU